UGUUGCUGAGGAAUGCCUCUUUUCGCUAUAUAAACGCCGGUGCAAAUGUCAAAACUAUGUCAUUCGAAUUUCGUUCUUCAUCCAGUGUAACGUUUUGUUCUAGCCAAAUCCUUCGAUUGGGAAUACUCGAAUCAAGCAGAAACAACAAUGGCAUUCAGACUUAUCCCCCUCUUUGCGGUCCUCGCUAUGGCCAGCGCCGGACUUAUCCAGCCAGCGUACCAGCAACAGGCUUUCCACGCCGCCUCUCCGGUUUACCAUCAGCAACCACUGCUGAAGACUUUCGCUCAACCUGCCGUCGUCAAGACCGUGGCCCAGCCAGCUUACGUUAAGACUACCAUUGCUCAACCUACCAUCGUUAAGACCCUGGCCCAGCCUACCUACGUCAAGCAGAUCGAAGAAUACGCCCCGGCCAACUACGAAUUCUCCUACUCGGUCCAUGACGAGCACACCGGAGACAUCAAGAGCCAGCACGAAACCCGCCACGGAGAUCAGGUCCAGGGUCAGUACACCCUGAUCGAUGCCGAUGGCCACCACCGCAUUGUCGACUACACUGCCGAUGACCACAACGGAUUCAACGCCGUCGUCCGACGAGAGCCAACCGGAGUCAAGAUUGCCCAGCCGGUGCAGAAGAUCAUUGCCCAGCCAAUCCAGAAGGUCCAGAUUGCCCAGCCCUCGUACUACAACGGACACUACUAAACGCACUGAUGAUUCCCCUAAUAGAUUGGAAAUGUUCAACUCACUCAUCCCUGAACGAACUGCAACUUAGAAUUAGGUAGUUGAAUUUUCGUAACGAAAUCAUAUUGUUAAAUCUAUUUUAUGAAAAAAAAAAUCCGGUCGGUGUUUCA